UACCAAAACACGCGACACAAGCUACACUUACUCGACUGAAUCUAUUUGCGCACGUUACGAUCUACCGAAUUAAGCAACGUCGUCGCAUGAAUUAAAUAGCCGCAAUGUGUAUAGUAUUCACUUGUGGUGAGCACACCUUCCGGAAGGAAGUAGAAGGCUACGAAGGCAUCACAUGUCAAUGUCACAACUGCGGUAACUGGGCUGGACAUGUUAUUAAGAGCAAUCCAUGGUUUACCUUUUGCUUUGUCCCCGUUGUUCCUCUUUCCGUCCACGGCUACCAAGAUGUUAGCUGCAACAUCUGCCAUUUCGCGCAACCCCUAGAACACCGACCCGAUGUCCAAGGCAUGAGACGAGAUGGAGAAGGGAAUAAUAUAACAAUGCAAGGUCAACCGCCGCCGCAACAAGGCCCACCCCAAGGACCACCACAGGGUUGGGGGCAAGGCCCGCCUCAAGGUUACGGUCAAGCUCCUCCCCAAGGCCAGGCGCCUAUGAGAUAUGGUUGAAGCCCGCGACAACCGAACGAACAUAUGAUUUGAGGAAAUAAGGGGCAGGCGGAAUGAUGAUAAUGAGGAAGAGAAGAGCAUGAGAGAGAAAAAGGAUACUAGAUGUUGCAUAAAUUUCGCGUCGCAUCAAAUUUGGAGUUUGACGGAUUUCGCAAACUGUUACGAUAUCCCGCGUAAGGCGUGUAUUUGAGAUGAAACGAUUACGACUUGAUUUUCGAGUUUUGGAGCUAGUAUUUAUGAUAUACUAGCCCAGGUAUCCCACGACAGAUUUGCUGGGGAACCUAUUCAAUCAAACACUUCACACACGACCACAUCAAUUUUGAUUACCAUUAGUGAACUUAACAGGAUACUUAUGGUACCCUAGGUAAUUGGAUUC